CUGAUUUCUGCAAACUCCAAAUCUUCGAAGCACCGUUAAUUUCGGUUACAUCUCGAACAAGGACAUUAUAUAUGUUUGCAUUUUACAUGUGUUCGUGUUCGUGUUCGAUGUUGUGUAGGAAACCUUAGAAAUUUCACACCUUUGAGCCUUCACCUUCACUGCAAAGAGGAGAAAGCACCACCAGUUUUGUUUAUUUUCUGUAAGCUUGGGGAAUUGGGGAUUGCUCUCAACAGACAGAAGUUUAACAAAUGGCUACAAAUGGAGAUCAGCAAGCCACCCCAAAACCACCUCCAAACCCCUCUCCUUUAAGAAAUGCCAAGUUCUUUCAGGCCAAUAUGAGAAUUUUGGUUACUGGAGGAGCUGGAUUCAUUGGCUCUCACCUAGUGGACAAAUUGAUGGAAAAUGAAAAGAAUGAGGUGAUUGUUGCGGAUAAUUACUUCACUGGCUCAAAGGACAACCUGAAGAAAUGGAUUGGUCAUCCAAGAUUUGAACUUAUUCGUCAUGAUGUCACAGAGCCUCUGCUAAUUGAGGUUGACCAAAUAUACCAUCUUGCCUGCCCUGCUUCUCCAAUCUUCUACAAGUACAAUCCUGUAAAGACAAUAAAGACAAAUGUCAUUGGUACAUUGAACAUGCUGGGACUUGCCAAGCGAGUUGGAGCAAGGAUUUUGCUUACAUCUACUUCGGAGGUGUAUGGAGAUCCUCUUAUUCACCCCCAGACUGAGAGCUAUUGGGGAAAUGUGAAUCCAAUUGGAGUUAGGAGUUGCUAUGAUGAGGGAAAGCGAGUUGCUGAAACAUUGAUGUUUGAUUAUCACAGGCAGCAUGGGAUAGAGAUAAGGAUUGCUAGGAUUUUCAACACUUACGGACCUCGCAUGAAUAUUGAUGAUGGUCGUGUUGUCAGUAAUUUCAUAGCCCAAGCUAUCCGUGAUGAUCCCUUGACUGUUCAAGCUCCUGGGACACAAACGCGGAGUUUCUGUUAUGUGUCUGACAUGGUUGAUGGCCUUAUUCGACUUAUGCAAGGAGACAACACUGGACCGAUCAACAUUGGGAAUCCAGGUGAAUUUACAAUGAUUGAGCUUGCCGAGAAUGUGAAGGAGCUCAUCAAUCCUAAGGUAGAGAUUAUAAUGGUUGAGAACACGCCGGAUGAUCCUCGCCAGAGGAAGCCUGACAUCACAAAAGCGAAGGACCUGCUGGGAUGGGAACCGAAGGUUAAGUUGCGCGAUGGUCUUCCCCUCAUGGAGGAUGAUUUCCGCACAAGACUUGGUGUCCCCAAAAACAAGUGAGGGGUGUAGCAUAGAAUGUGAGGGUGGUGGUGCAUUUUUGUAUAUUUGCUUGCCUCCACUGUGCGAUACAUCUUCAUUUCUUAUGUUUCUCAAGUAGAAGAAUAAGUGGUGUUUACUAUUUUUGUUUUGUGAUGGUUUUACUUGAAACGAUUUGAACGGUAUUUGAGUUUAUAUCAACAAGCUUCCUUCUUUUAUAACA